CGCUAAACGCUGCAGUAUUUCCGGCCAGCUCAGCGCGUCUCCCCUGUGGUGUUGUCACUUUUACAGCCCGCCCGUCAGUGCUAACGCCGCUGCCAACCAGCUGGGACUUUUCUCCGGGCCGUGGACACACAGCGGGACACUUCGCAGAGAUGUUGCUGCUGACGAUGAUCGCUCGGCUGGCUGACGGUCUGCCGCUGGCCGCUUCAAUGCAGGAGGACGAGCAGGGAAGCGAGAAGGUGGGUCGAGACCUUCAGCAGUACCAGACUCAGGCCAAGCAGCUUUUCAGGAAACUCAACGAACAGAGUCCCACACGCUGCACCUUAGAGGCUGGAUCGAUGGCGUUUCACUAUUUCAUAGAACAAGGAGUUUGCUACCUUGUGCUGUCGGAAGCCAGCUUUUCCAAGAAGCUAGCCUUUGCGUACCUUGAAGACCUGCAGGCAGAGUUUCAUGAGCAGCACGGAAAGAAGGUCCCCACAGUGUCCCGUCCUUAUUCCUUCAUUGAGUUUGACACCUACAUUCAAAAAACCAAGAAGUUGUACAUCGACAGCCGAGCCAGAAGGAACCUGGGCAGCAUCAACACUGAGCUGCAGGACGUGCAGAGGAUCAUGGUGGCGAACAUCGAGGAGGUCCUGCAGAGAGGGGAGGCGCUCUCUGCACUAGACUCCAAGGCCAGCAACUUGUCCAGCCUGUCGAAGAAAUACAGGAGCGACGCCAAAUAUCUGAACACCCGCUCCACUUACGCCAAGCUGGCAGCAGGGGGCGUCUUUUUCAUCAUGCUCAUCGUUUACAUUCGCUUCUGGUGGCUCUGAGUGAUGAAAGGGGAGGAGGAGAUGAGGAAGGAGGUAGAAAAGUGGAAAAUGAGCCGUGCGCAGCCUGCGGAAGUGAAAAAGAAGCUUUCGCUUUUGAUGAACAACAAGAUCCCUGCUUCUUAAGGAGACUUUACAGACAUACUGUCCCACUGCUCUGUCCUCACCUUGUCCACGAGUGGGUGUCUGAUCUGAAGCUAAAUGAUGUCUGAAUGCUUUGUUUUAUUAUUAUCAUACCGUAUAAUACCCUUGAAGUUGCCCCGCAUUUCAGAGUUAAUGAGUUAACGUGCGAGUCUCUGUGUGUAUGUGGGUUGGCUGUUUUUGAAGGUGAUUUGUGGGUAAGUGAUGAGAAAAAAAAAGAAAAUUUCCUGUGUUAUAAGUUUCUAAAGCUAUUCUGUACUAUAAAGGAGUGUGUGGCUGAAGCUUCUGUAUGUCUAAUUAUACAGAUGAAAGAAACUAAUCACCUUCUUUUUCUUAGAAGCCUGAUCACAUCACUUUGGCAGUUCUGUUCAUUUACUAUAUGAUUAUAGUAGGGAUAGCUUUACGGAUUAUACUCCGAAUUCAUAAAUAAUUAGGAAAAUGUAAAUAGACAUACAUAAUAGACACAACAAAGGAAAAUGCAGUACUUCCUAUUGUUAAGGCAAGUAAAUAAACCAUUCUGAUUUUUGUGUUUUUUCACUUUUUUAGGGGAUGCUAAUGACAAUAAAAGUAAUUAAGAUAAUCUGCAGCUACAGCUUAAUUUGGCUCAAAUUCCAACCUUAAUUUCAGCAUUUUAUUACAAAGUAAGAACACCUGCAUGUGGAUAUUCGCUCAUGAAGUUGCUUCUUAUUGUGCGCAGAAGACAUCACUAGAGAUGCACCGAUCCAUCCACCGCAGAAAGGAAUCGGGCCGGUUUUCCACGAUGUGGAAACAGCAGAUCAGGGCUUUUAAAAGAUCUGUUUUCCGAAGUGCAUCAAAACUAAGAGCUCAUGCUUUUCUUGGCUUCAGUGUUAAAAGAUCUGUUUCCCAAAGUGUGUCAAAACUAAGAGCUCAUGCUUUUCUUGGCUUGUGAACUCUUGACAGGAUGUACUGAAUUUGUUGAUCUUUUGACAUUUAUAUUAUUUGGAGAAAGAAAAAGCCAAAACUGGUAGGUUUGACCCUGAGAAAACUGCAAAAGCCUGACGGGUGCAUCUCUAACACGGCAACUUUUUUUUUUUUUUUUUCUUUAAUAUGUCAAAUUAGUCAACAUAUUCACUGGACUAAUAUUCUUUUACAUCAGUUCUGUCUCAAGUUUUCAUUCUGUCAUCUCUUAUUACAUUAGAUUUUUAUAGUCACCUUUUGAGAAGACUGCAGCGGGAGUAUUCAAAAUUUUAGGUUUACCGUAAGUGAAAUCACUUCCACCAGCCUCUGUGUUGUAAGUUAUUAAAUUACUUAAAGCUGCAAUCUAUGUAAUCCAUUUCUUAACGUUUAUGCAUUUCCUUUUUAUAGCUGAGAUUAAUAAGUUGGAACUAAGAAGAAAUGGAAAGUGCUGUUUGAUGUAAUGGCACCCCUGAACUGUAAGCAGAAUAAAUGCCAAAAUAAUAAAUUACCUACCUUUGUAGCAA